GCGAUUUGUUUACUCAAUCAGCGGGGGCGCGCUUCAGUCCAAGAUGGCUGCCGGAGACAAUAGCGGUCGGGUUCCGUGUUUAAACUUCUCCGGACCCGGGCCUUUGGGUAACAGCCAACCGAGCAACAGUCCUUACGCUUUGGCUGCGAGUCACGGGGGAUCCGUGGGAGGCGGCGGAGGCUCUCAGAGCGUGAUGAGGCGCCCAAAUCCUCAACCGGGGCCUGUGGGCCUGGAAAUCCCCGGCGUCGCCUUAGGACCUCCGCCGAACCUCGUGAACGCUCUCCCGGCUGCCGCGGCGGCGGUGGGGCCGCCGGCUUCGGUCGCCUCGAAUAUGACUGGAAACCCGUCGAACGCAGCGAUGACACCGGCGACGCACUCGUCUCUGUCCGCUGCCCCGGCCGCGGCCGCCGUGCUCGUGUACCGGGAGCCCGUUUAUAACUGGCAGGCGACGAAAUGCACCGUGAAGGAGAGAUUCGCGUUUUUGUUCAAUAAUGAAGUACUGAGCGACGUUCACUUUCUAGUGGGUAAAGGAAUGGGAGUCCAGAGGAUACCCGCUCACAGGUUUGUUCUGGCCGUCGGCAGCGCGGUAUUUGAUGCCAUGUUUAACGGAGGCAUGGCCACCACCUCCACGGAGAUCGAGCUUCCUGACGUCGAGCCUGCGGCGUUCCUCGCGUUACUCAAGUUCCUGUACUCCGAUGAGGUUCAAAUCGGCCCCGAGACAGUGAUGACGACUCUCUACACGGCUAAGAAGUACGCCGUCCCGGCUCUGGAGGCCCAUUGCGUGGAGUUCCUGAAGAAGAACCUGCGAGCCGACAACGCCUUCAUGCUGCUCACGCAGGCCAGGCUGUUCGACGAGCCGCAGCUGGCCAGCCUGUGCCUGGAGAACAUCGACAAAAACACAGGAGACGCUCUGGCGCUAGGAUUCACAGAUAUUGAUCUGGACACGCUGGUGGCGGUGCUGGAGAGGACACUCUGGGAGUGCGCGCGAGUGCAUCUGUUGGGGGCGGUCCGCUGGGCGGAAGCUGAGGCUCACCGGCAGCAGCUCCAGCCCACGCCGGAGAACAAGAGACGCGUGCUGGGGAAGGCCCUCAACCUCAUCCGCUUCCCUCUCAUGACCAUAGAGGAGUUCGCCGCAGGUCCCGCUCAGUCGGCCAUUCUGACGGACAGGGAGGUGGUGAGUCUGUUCCUGCACUUCACGGUGAACCCUAAACCUCGCGUGGAGUUCAUCGACCGGCCUCGCUGCUGUCUGCGCGGGAAGGAGUGCAGCAUCACGCGCUUCGGGCAGGUGGAGAGCCGCUGGGGUUACAGCGGGACCAGCGACCGGAUCCGGUUCUCGGUGAAUCGCAGGGCUCUGGGUUCGGCGCACGGAUCCAUUCACGGACCGACAGACUACCAGGUCAACAUACAGAUCAUUCACACGGACAGUAACACAGUCCUGGGGCAGAACGACACCGGCUUCAGCUGCGACGGAUCGGCCAGCACCUUCAGAGUCAUGUUCAAGGAACCGGUGGAGGUUCUGCCCAACGUCAACUACACGGCCUGCGCUACGCUAAAGGGUCCAGACUCGUUUCACGGCACUAAAGGCAUGAGGAAGGUCACGCACGAGUUCGGCUCUGGGACCAAAACCAGCUUCACCUUCUGCUGCGCGGGAAACAACAACGGCACGUCGGUGGAGGACGGCCAGAUCCCGGAGCUCAUCUUCUACACGUAGUCUCCGCCGGCGUCUCCGUCAGCACGCGA